AUGUCGUCGGAAAAACACGGUCUCGAUGACUCUGGCCGUCAGACCAUGCAGCCUCCUCCGUACCUCCCCGGCCCGCAAGACCCAAACAUGCCCCAACAUCCCAACAUGCAGCCUGCACCUGGCACCCAACCCAACUACCCUCCUCCUCCUCCUCCUCCGGGCUCAGAGGGAUAUCUCCAAGAAACCCAGUUUCACUGCGGCCCAAUGGGCCCGCAGGGGGCCCCGCAGGGCUACUCGGUCCAGACCCAGGGCCCCGGAGGCACCAUGCCUCACGCCCCCGUAGGAUACCUCCACCCGGGAUACCCGCUCCAGCUGCAGCCUUGCACAGCUUACGUACCUGUCUACCCCAUGGCAUCGGGACAACCCUACAUGCCAGCCGGGGGAGGCCACCCAGGGAUCCCACCGGGCCAGAUUCAUCCCAUGCAAAUGCAUCCCAGCAUCACCCUAAUGGACCGUCGACCGCCACACGACUACCUGCCCAUCGCCGUGCUCACCACCAUCUGCUGUUUCUGGCCAACGGGCAUCAUUGCAAUCAUCAAAGCAGUGCAGGUGCGCACGGCGAUAGCCAGAGGGGACAUGGUGACGGCGGAAAUAGCCUCCCGCGAGGCUCGCAACUUCUCCUUCAUCAGCCUGGCUGUUGGCAUCGCCUCCAUUGUGCUGUGCACCAUCCUCACCGUGGUCGUCAUCAUCGCCUCGCAGCACCACGACGAUGAAUGGGAGCCGUAACUCCACCGCAGUGUCAGACGGAUGGAAAUCAUGGCAUAUAUAUAGCUAACUACUCUCAAGCGUUUGGAGGGAAUAGGAGCACUGAGAAUGCAAACAAACUGCUACUGCAUUGCUGGCCCACACACAGCUCUGACCUAACCUGCUGCCAUCAAACACACAACCAAAAACAACUAAUCACAGCUGAUGUUCAAACGCCAAAUACAAGCAGCUGUCAAAUGAGGCCCAGUAUUGCUGUUAGCACAGCGGCCGCUUAAUAUUUACACUCAGAUAUGAGCUGCAAGAGGGAAACAAAACUCCUUGUAUUAACAUCUCAUUUGACGCUUAUUAAUUCAUUCGGAUGAUGUUAGGUAGAUGAGAGGAUAUUCCAACAACUAAAUCUACUAAAUUGGCCCACGCAGAGUUAUUUUUAGGGUAGUUAAAUGCACAUUUUAGUCUUACAAGUACAUGUGUUUUCUUCUUUAAAAAAAAGUGCCAUGUUGAAGCAGUGUUGAUUUGCAGAGUGGUAUUAUUGCUGUUGUCAAACUGAUUGAAAGUGUUAGAGGGGGUGAUCAAUACACAUUUAACACACCAAAUGGAGACGGGACUGACAGAGCGUCUAAUGUAACCAAACACAGAGUAUUUAUUUGAGAUUGGUUGUUUGUAUGUUACAUGGACAUUUUAGCUGGAUGAGAUGAUACAUAACUUAUGAAUUAUAUGUUUGUUGAUUCAUUUAAAAUCUGUUAUUUAUUCGAUAUCUACCCAUGCAUCAACUUUGUCUGCUAUAAUUUACAGUAUAUCACUAGUUUGUUGCAGCUAUAUGAUACUUUGAAAUUGGCUUAAAUUUCUGAUGAUGAUGCACUUUGUAGUAACCAGAUGAGACGGCGCAGCUGCUUACAUUCAUAGUUUUUAUAGUGCAUGAUAAAUAUAAAUUUAAGCUAAUGGGGCAUCAAGUGCAAUAAUAACUCGUCUCCCAGCUGUUGAUGAAUAUUUCCUAAAAUGUGUGUGGUACAGUACUCUUUUCAAACAAGCUACUGUCAAAACAAGAAAAGGGGACAAUUUAGAUGAUAAGUAUUUGAAUCUUAGGUUUACAAAUAUUGUUUUCGCAAGUAUUUUAGAAGUGUAUUGGCCUAUUUUGUGUUGCACAAAUAUCUCUAUUAUCUAUUUAGUCUCUCAGACACUGUGUGUGAAACUUUAGUGCAACGUUAGACUUACGAGGCAACACAACCCUGCAUGUCAUCCUCAGUUUGUUUCCAUUUGUCUUAAAUAUCGAGGCUAGAUGUACGGCUGUGAGCUCCUAUAACGUUGUUUCACUGUUGUAACAAAGCGAGUCAGGGUUCAUUUCAUAUAUGAGUACGGUCUCCAUAAUGUAGCAGCAGGUGUGCUGUUGUUUAUAAGAGCCAACAUGGCCGUAACGUUACUGUAUCAACUAUCAUAUGAGGUUUCUGGAGUUAUGGGAUUAACUGAAAAUGAAUGUUUCCAAUAGGAGAGAGAGAACAUUUUAAUGCCUAUACUGUAUUGUAGCACUUUCCGCUCUUUGAAAUCUUUCCCCUCUCUGUUCUAUCUUUCUCCUGUACACAUGAGUUAUUGGACCUAUUAAUAUUUCCCUUCUGCUCCCCCUCUGUUGGUCCUCAUGAUGAUGCUAUUUUUAAAAGAGUUAUACAGCGAUAUUAAAAAUCAUGUUUGUUAACAUGAACACAAAUAGAGACAGUAAAAAUACAGUUUAUUCUGUGGUUUAUAUUAUUAUUGUUAUUACUAUAAUUAUUAUUAUUGGCAACUGCAUUGCAUUUGAUUAUCACUAAUGUGUAAUAUUAAGUACAUUUGGGCAUGUAUUUAUCAAACUUCUUAAAAAUAUACUUAAUAAUGCUCCUAAAAGCCAACUUAGUAGUAAAAAAAGACACAUUUGUGAAGUGACUUCCUGCUAUUUACAGCGAGUAACUUUUACUUGAUCACAUGUAUAAUAAAUGAAUAUAAUAAACAUUUAUCUGUAUGCUCAGAGACCAGGAUUUACCCAACAACUGCCUUAUUGUUUUAUAUUUAAAAGCGAAAAUAGUUUAGAAUAGAAUAAACUUUAUUAUAAAGCCGAGGCAGGAAAAUUAUCUUUGGUCUCACCCAAAAAAAGAUCCUCCAUCCAGUUUUCUCUGUGAGUAAAAGAGUUUUUCUGCCAAAACAUGAUUUAAUAAAUACUGAAUUAUUAUUAUUCAUAACGACUGAUGAUAUUUAUCUAGGAUCGUACAGUUGAACUGUUUUACAUUUAAGAGCAUUUAAAAUGAUAAGAAUUUUUUAUAAAAUUGCUUUUAUCAAUUGUUUUACAUUGUGGGAAAUAUGCUUAUUGCCGAGCGUUAGAUGAGAAGAUCGAUUGAAAAAUGUCACUUUUUCAUCACUUUUAGCCGUUUGAUAAAUACAGGCCCUGUCCUUAUGUGAUUGACUCAGUGAUAGUUCAGUGUUAAUAGAGUAAAUGAAGCACAGUAUUGUUUAGUAUUAUUAUUGUACAGAGGGCUCUGGCAGUGAGUGUGUGUCUACAGAGUCACUUCUAGCAUAUCUAGUUUAUACAGCGCUAGGCUUCAUCUCCCUGUGUGCUUUCUGAUGUGACUCAACAUAGCUGUUUAUUACACAGCAGGGAGAUGUGUUCUUCAUUUUAUUUUUAUUUUUUUGAUCCUGUAAAUGCGAUGGGUUGCUUGUUUCAAAGAGCCAAAAAUGACCUGUGUACAUGUGGUUCUCUUGGGGUUUAUUAUUCUAAUUAUGUUCAUGUCUGUGUUGCACAUGCGUUGGUUGUUUCUGACUUCAGUUGUUUGAAUAAUGAAUAAAAGAAUAAUUUUUGGGUUGUGAACGUUA